GGUAAAAGGGUUCGCAAUGAGAUGCAUUCUGGGAUUGGAUUGAGAAUGGCUGCCUGCUGUGUCCCGUAGUUCACAACUCGCUUUACCCUGAUGAAGUGAAGGGACUGAGUUUACGGGCGUAUUCAAUGUAUUACAUAUUUCAUUUUGUUAAUGACAAUGUUUCCACUAUUACGCUGCAAUCGGUUUAUAAGAACUACAAAGGCACAGAUACUUUCUCGUCCCUUGCACCCACAAGGGUGCAAAACACAAGAGAUAUGGACACGUUCACGGUGUCCUCAGCAGUGGCUGUAUCCCAGAGACCAUGAACAACUUAGCAGGACCAUAUUGCGGCUCUUUGGCAAUGCCAGAAAGGCAGUUUCAUUAAAAUGUGGCUCAAAAUCCUCAAAAGUUUCCCUGAGGUUUCUCCUCGGACCUGCCGUCGUCACAGCCUCGGCCAGGGCUUUUGUAAGCUUGGCCCAUUGCCAAGAGGACAUCAACAAUAAUGUUCCUGCGGACGUCCACCUCCAGGAAAAAGAGCCAGAGUUUCACUGGGCUGUUCUGUGGGAGUUCCUCCGUCCUCAGCUCCUAGCUCUAAUUGGAGCAAUUAUUUUGGCGUUUGGUGCUGCCAUCUUGAAUAUCCAGAUACCCUUGAUGUUGGGUGAUCUGGUGAAUGUGGUGGCACACCACAUGAGAGAACGAACCGGCAAUUACCUCGGCGACAUAAGCAGCCCUGCUUUCAAGCUGCUGUCUCUGUAUUGUCUCCAGGGCGCCCUGACCAGUGGCUACAUUAUUCUUCUGUCAAGAGUAGGAGAGCGAGUGGCUGCAGACAUGAGGAAAACCCUCUUUGCAUCAUUGCUCAGGCAAGAUGUGGCAUUCUUCGAUGCCAACAAGACAGGCCACCUUGUGAACCGGCUGACUUCUGACAUUCAAGAAUUCAAGUCCUCUUUCAAGCUGGUUAUCUCUCAAGGUCUACGGAGCUCCACUCAAACGGUGGGUUGCUUUGUGUCACUCUAUCUGAUCUCCCCGAAGCUGACUGGUCUCACUGUGGUCAUUCUGCCUUGUCUGGUGGGUGGAGGGGCAGUCAUCGGCUCCUUCUUGCGUCGCCUGUCUAGAAAGGCCCAGGAGCAGGUUGCUAAAGCUACCGCAGUGGCUGAUGAGGCUCUGGGUAACGUGCGAACAGUGCGAGCUUUUGCCAUGGAGGAUCGAGAGCUGCAGUUAUAUGCUGUUGAAGUGGAUAAAUCUUGUGACCUGAAUGAAAACCUGGGAUGUGGUAUAGCUGUUUUCCAAGGCCUUUCCAACAUAGUCCUGAAUUGCAUUGUUCUUGGCACCAUUUUUGCUGGUGGGUCCUUGAUGACGGGUGAUGAGAUGUCUCCUGGCGAUUUGAUGUCUUUCUUGGUGGCUUCUCAAACCGUGCAGAGGUCUCUAGCAAGUAUCUCCAUCUUGUUUGGCCAGAUGGUGAGAGGAGUCAGUGCAGGUGCCCGUGUUUUUGAGUACAUGGAACUGGAGCCAACCAUCCCUCCGGUCGGUGGGGGCCGUAUCCCUGCUGAGUCUCUCAUUGGAAGAGUUGACUUCAUGAACAUCAAUUUCUACUACCCUACGAGACCUGCUCACCACAUCCUGAGGAAUCUCAACCUCACGCUGCCUCCCAGCAAAACUGUUGCAAUUGUUGGAGAGUCUGGUGGAGGCAAGUCUACAGUUGCCGCAUUACUGGAGCGAUUCUAUGACCCAGCCAGUGGAGUCAUCAUGCUAGAUGGGCUGGAUAUCAAAACACUGGACCCCUCCUGGCUGAGAGGGAAGGUUAUUGGAUUUAUCAACCAGGAGCCAGUUUUGUUUGGCACGUCUGUUAUGGAAAAUAUCCGCUUUGGGAAACCUGAAGCCUCUGAUGCGGAGGUCAUUACUGCAGCCAAGCAAGCUAAUGCACAUGGUUUCAUCACCGCAUUUCCAGAUGGCUACAACACUACUGUUGGUGAGCGUGGCGUGACACUGUCCGGAGGUCAAAAGCAGCGCAUUGCUAUCGCCCGCGCCCUGAUCAAGAACCCCAAGAUCCUCAUCCUGGACGAGGCCACCAGUGCUCUGGACGCGGAGUCGGAGAGGGUGGUGCAGGAGGCUCUGGACCGCGCCACGACCGGCCGCACCGUCCUCAUCAUCGCCCACCGCCUCAGCACCAUCAAGGGGGCCGACCUCAUCUGUGUCAUGCGCAACGGCAAGAUCGUGGAGGCUGGCUCACACUUUGAGUUGCUGAAUAAGGGAGGAUUGUAUGCUGAACUGAUCCGGAGGCAAAGGACUGAAGGAGGAAAAGAAGUUUAGUUGAAUUUGAAUGGACAGAUUGUAGAACAUGUACUGUAUUAUUAAGGUCGGAGUAUCUUGAUUUCAGGUGAAAGCAGAGGAUGUACAAGCAGGUGUAUUUAUUAUAAAGAUUAUGUUGAAUAAUUUUAAAUCUGUAAAAGAAACUCUUGUACAUAUUACAAUUUUAUAUUGUUUACCUGUUGACGUUGUCAGAGCAUCAUGGUGGGAGUAAUAUCAGUAUUCAGGUAAAUAGUACUACAGAACCUACUUUUGUGUAAUACGUUUUUAAAUCAAAUAAAUGUUUCUUAAAUGUA